AAGGAGAGCGGCGCGGCCCCGGCGCGGCCCCGCGGGAGGUCAGGGGGCGGGCCCGCCGUCACGGUCCGCCAUGGCGCGGCCGCGGCUCUUCGGGCGGCUGCGGGCGGCGGUGCUCGGCGUGGUGCACGUGGGCGCGCUGCCAGGGACACCAAGAAGCUCUCUUCCAUUGGCACAAAUCAUCGAUCAAGCUUGUCAAGAAGCAGAAGCAUACAAAGACGCUGGAGUUGAUGGCUUGAUAGUGGAGAACAUGCACGACCGGCCCUACACGCUGUGCCCUGGGCCUGAGGUGACGGCCGCCAUGACGGCGGUGGGCGCAGCGGUGCGGCGGCUCUGCCCGCACCUCGCCUUGGGCGUCCAGGUGCUGUGUGCCGCCAACCAGCAGGCCACGGCGGUGGCUCUCGCGGCAGGUCUUGAUUUUAUCCGAGUUGAAGGUUUUGUGUUUUCUCAUGUUGCUGAUGAAGGGAUCAUAAAUGCCUGUGCAGGUAACCUGCUACGAUACAGAAAACUAAUUGGAGCAGAGAAUAUUCAGAUUUUUGCUGACAUUAAAAAAAAACACAGUGCUCAUGCUCUGACGGCAGAUAUCAGCGUGGCUGAGACCGCCUCUGCUGCUGAGCUCUUCCUGGCUGACGGGGUGGUACUGACUGGCACGGCAACCGGGCUGCCCGCAGACCCUGGGGAGCUGAGAGAGGUUCAACAUGCUGUGAAGAUUCCUGUUUUGAUUGGAUCUGGAGUUACUCUGGAGAAUGUGAAGAAUUACUUGGAUGCAAAUGCUCUAAUAAUUGGUUCGUAUUUCAAGAGAGAAGGUUAUUGGGCGAAUGGUGUUGAUCCUGACAGAGUGAAGAAAUUUAUGGAGCAUAUAAGUAAACUGAGAGAAUGAGUUAGUCAGCAAGCACUAUUUUCCUGUUUGUGUACAUAAAUGCAGUGUGAAAUAUACAGAAUUAAAGCACAAAUGUGCACUUGAAUGGCUGAUAACUUUAAAUGAAAACGCACAUCAUCUCUGCAACUAGCUGUGGAACAUAGUGGCACUUUACAAUGAACUGGUGCUAUGGUCUUUGUUUCUAGACCUUUUUUUUCUGUGGCACUCAAAGCCAUCGCCAAGACAAAACCAGCUCUCCAAAUGUGUGUAGCAUAUUCUCUCCUAUAAGUAAAGUGCUUACGGAUUGCAGGAUGAGCUGAGUUUUGUUUUGCAUGUUAAUACAAUAGGACACCCUAAGUUUACAGCUAACAGUAUUGUAAAUUGGACAAGUUAAUUAGCCUUUCAGUUUCCCCAUCUGUAAAAUGAUGAUAAUAGUACCUACAUCACAGGGGGGUUGUAAGACAUAAUGAAUGGAUGAACGUACAGCACUUUCAUCUCUUCAAAUGAAGGGCUCUAUUAAAGUUCAAGAUCAUUAUUUUUUCAUUAGAAUUGUGCAUUUAUUACAAAAAUGUAGUAAUUGUAUACCAUACAAAAAUUUAAGAUAAUUGGGAAAUUGAUUUACCUACAAUACUUAUUAGAGAAUAAAUGUAAAUAUUUAAUUACAUUUUAAGUAGUGUUGGAAUUUAGUCAAAAUGCUUUGCAAAAAAUUGGAAAUUUUAAUAAAGUCUUAUUUUUCAGCAAGCUCCUACAACUUUGUACCUCUUCAGACUAGCAUUAGUGACAUUACAAACUGCCAGGUUCCUUCCAGCACACAAGGUGUAAUUAUGAUGGAAUCAUUUCUACCAGAACUGACAGGUAAACACAGAUUUUCAUUUUUGCUGUAAAACGUAGAGGGAAAAUGUGACAGACUAACUGUAUACUGUAAGACUCCCCUUGAAUUUGAUCUUUUAGCUCUAAGGAAGUUUUUUAAAAACAACAACAACAAAGGAUACCUGUUGUGUCACAGCUGUAUAACCUGUGGACAUAUGUUUUCAUUCCUUGGGACUGUGAGCUACGUUUGCCCUCUGGGAUCUCUCUCUUUCCUUGACAUCUAUGCAUCAGGAUUCUGCCAAUGCUUAUGCAAGUUAUAUUGUACAUAUCAAAGCAAGUAUACAAACGUAUGUUUUUUUUCUGUCAGCUGGCAGAGCUCCCAUACUUCUCUGAACAAAAGAUACAUUCUCCUUCAAGAGGCAAA